AUGGCGUACAACGCCGUCGCUCAGAUCGACCACGAGGUGGCUUCGAACUCAUCUGUUUCUGCAUCACGCAGCCCCUCGCCUACCCACGGUCAUGCAUUCGAGCAGCUCCCGCUUGAUACGGAUAAUAUCGGGGGAGGAAGUCACCUUGAAACCGCCAAAACCAGCGACAACUCCAGCUUUGGCCCUCUGGGAUCUAUGAUCCGCUCUAUGACUUCUGCCAGCUACGAUGUGGUGGAGGACGAUGACUACGACGCCGAUCCCUCCCCCGAGCGAUCCAGCAGCCUCCGCCGCAUUCCUCCGCUCAAUACGGCUAUCGCGCAACAUUCCCAGCCCGAACCGCCGCUCCACAGUGCAUGCAGCGACAUUUCCGUGCCUCUGAGCCACCCGACCCCGGAUCUUCAAUCGUUACAAGGUGCCUACAUUGGAAAUGUAGAGCGCUUGGAGCAAAGUGCGGAGCGGCUGAGUUCGAGCUCAGCGGGCAUAGACAGCGAGAUCCGUCGCAUGGAUUUGGCGCAGAAACGCUCAUGCAGUUCCGCAUCAAAUUCCAUAAAUCUCCGGAAUGGUGCAUUUUCCCCGGCGGGCACCAUUUCCUCCGCCCAUGGGUCUAAUGUGUCCCCUGCGCGUCAGCGCUCCGUAUCCGUAUCGGGAUCUCGUCUGGCUCGACUUUCUGAGCCCGAUGACGGUGAAUAUGCACACGAGAUAGACGAGUUUUCUCCCCUGCCUAUUCUUCCUCCUCCGCAACCCCUUUUUCCUCAGAGUGACUACAAUUACGACCAACAUGCUCAGCAACAAAUCUCCGCAGAGAUGGAGCGACGCGCUUCGGUCGCAUCCAACGAUACCUAUCAACAGGCUCGCACGCUGUUCACCGAUUUCGAUGGCGUCCAUUUCAUGCCUAUGGAUAGGGCUGAGUCGAUGCGCCAGGUGCCCUUGACCCAUCCGCCUUUGGCCAGGAAUCCGGACUCAUACAAACAGCCGCAAGCGGGUGAAAACAUGGUUUAUUACCCGGCCCCUGUCCCACGCAUGCUGAACCUUCCACCCAAGUUGUCACGCAAAACAAACAACGCACACGAUAAGCGCCGUGCAGAGGUUGCUGCAGCCAUCGUUGCUCAGGAUCGAAAGUCGACUGCGGUAGUACCCGGUGCUGACAAGGACAUAUCCAACGUCGAACAAAUCGACAAACGCAAAUCGAAAGUACCGGCUCAUCUCCGUGCAAGCGUGUUUUUCGAUCAACCUAGCACAUCCCUGCAGGUAGAGGUCAAGCAGCAGUCCGCUGUCGCGACUCUAGAGAGCAUUCUCGACGCUUCCGCGAAUGCACCUGUGUCCGCCUUUACUGAUCACCCCUUCGCUGGUAACCUCGGCUCGAACGUCUAUGCCAAAUCAAAAAGAAAGUCUCUCUUCAAGGACUUGACGGGACAGAAAGCAAACCGUCUCUCACGCAACACGAUGGGUCAGCCUCUCAGCACCAACAAUACAGAUGAGCACACUGAAUCAGCCACUACAGGCCAUGGAUCGCAGGCCGGACAUGAUUCCGAUAGAGUGCAUAAUGAAAAUGAUGACUCGCGAUCAGAAGUGACUGGAUCUGAAAGCGGCGAGCAAUCCACGGAGGGUGAAGGCGAUGAAGAGGAAGAUGAAAGUGAAGAAGACGAGUUUGACUAUGUCGGCCCACCAAAUACACUUAUCGCCGAACUCCAGUUGCGAAAGCAUGAGCUGGCACACCGACGCCGCACGGCGGUGCCUAUGCCUUACCAAGGAAUGCAGACCACUCUUCUCGAAAUGGACGAAAUGGCCCAGAAACAGAGUGACAAACGGCGACAGCGCCCUGUAGCAUUGGCCUGGGAAGGUCGCGAUGAGGACGAAGAUGUCCCAUUGGCUAUGCUCUAUCCUGAAAGACCCAACGGAGAUGAUGAGAACAGACCGCUUGGUUUGAUGGAGAAGCGACAGCAAGAGGAAAAUGAACCUCUGAGCUCCCGCCGAGCAAGGUUACGUGGUGAACCCAUUCCGCAACCAGAGCGACGUCCUAUCACAGUCUACGGAUCUGAGAAAGUUUCCCUCACUGAACAACCUGAGCCAGCUGCUGAGAGUGAUGAUGAGGUCGAAACUGAAACUCUGGCUGAGCGGCUGCAAAGACUCAAGGGACACAACCGCUCAGAGAGCAAGUUUGCCAGUGACCUAAUGGCUGAAAUUGACACUCGAGCUGGCAUUGCCCCUAAAGAAACUCCCGCUGACCCCGAGAACAACGAAGAGGAGACUCUUGCGCAACGACGGGCUCGUCUCCAAAAGGAGCCCGGUGGUCAUCCGGCGCCGACGAAGAACCCGCGCGUACGCCGGAGCAUGGCCGCCCUUACGGACGGUCGUCCCACUCAACUCAAUCGCUAUUCAUCCUAUGACACUCUGAAUAACCGACCUGGUAUGUCCCAGUACGGCAAUCGGAUGUCCAUGCAGCAGUUCCCAAGUCCGGGGCACGGGAUGCCCCAAGCCUACCCGAUGGCUCAGCAAUAUGGAUAUCCCGUGUCCCAGGCCGGCUAUCCUGCCCAACAAACCAUGAGCAUGAAUGGGAUGGGAUAUGCUAUGCCUCAAGGAUGUGGACCGUACAUGAACAUGGCUGGACAACCAGUUGACCCAGCGCAGGUCUCUGUGAUUGACCGUUGGAGACAAAGCAUCCGCUGA